AUGGCGGGUCUAGUAGCAAGGAAGUGCAUCACCCCUCUUGUUGUGAUCAAAAGGCUCUCUUACCCGGAAUAUAAAGCCCAAGCCGCCUACCACGAGAAGGUAAAAAUAACCUGUAUAACUAGCUGUGGUUGAUAGCUGAUAAAUUCAACCAAGUGUGACUGUUGAGGUCGUAAACUCGCCCAACGUGAAUGGCUUGGUAGCUAACGUUUGACAACUAGUAGGUUAGCUACCUACAUUAGCCGGUAACUAAACUUGCCCAGAAGCAAUGGUAGCUACGCUAGCUAGGUUGCAUUGAUUAUGUAUUUGUUUAGAUUUGUCAUACAGUACACUAGUUAGUUGAAAUAUAUUCAUUAAAGAAUGCGGUAGCUUAGGUAACAACAUGCGUCACACGCCUUGCCUAGUACUGUUAACUUAGAUACAGUUAAUUAGCUAAGGUUACCUUUACAGUCUAAAUAACAUGUUAGAAGAUCGUUUUUUUAUGGUAAUUUUUUCUGCCAAUGCAAUGUUCAUGUACAGCAGCAUGUCGGUGAGGCUGGUGUUAUUUGAAGGUUAAUCUGUUACUUCCUGAGCUGUUAGCUAUUUCCACAGUUGUUUUGUUAACAGGUACCUAACUAACUCAUUUAGUUACGCUAGGUGACAUGUACUGAAGCAGCAUCCAUAGUGGUAGCCCUGGCAAUACGCAGUUUCAUUGAUUCUGGAUGUUAUUACAGAAAGUCUGAAAUAAUAACAUUUCCACAGUAACUCGGUUUCUGUUUUAACCUACAUUAGAUAUAUGUUAAGAGGACAUCCUAGUCCUUGAUCAUGACUCUCCGUUCCAUUACAUUACACAUAAGUCAUUGGACGAAGGCCUCUUCUAUACGGAGACGUUUUAAACGCUCGGUCUGAACAUUGAAGGCCAAAUCAAACAAAGUGUGUUUUUACGAGCGUGUAUGCGCUUCAAAUUAGAAAGCAAAAAUAGAUACAUUGGUAAAGUGAGCGGAUAAAUUGCCAGAAAAUAGACUGUUUGUGCAUUGUUACGUCUGGAAUUGUGACACUUAUCGUUAAGUGUAUAUUUGAGCAAUAAGGCUCGAGGGGUGUGGUAUAUGGCCAAAUUACAUUUACAUUUACGUCAUUUAGCAGACGCUCUUAUCCAGAGCGACUUACAAAUUGGUGCAUUCACCCUAUAGCCAGUGGGAUAACCACUUUACAAUAGUUUUUAUUUUUAUUUUUAUUUAUUUUUUUUGGGGGGGGGGGGUAGAAGGAUUACUUUAUCCUAUCCCAGGUAUUCCUUAAAGAGGUGGGGUUUCAAAUGUCUCCGGAAGGUGGUGAGUGACUCCGCUGUCCUGGCGUCGUGAGGGAGUUUGUUCCACCAUUGGGGUGCCAGAGCAGCGAACAGUUUUGACUGGGCUGAGCGGGAACUAUGCUUCCGCAGAGGAAGGGGAGCCAGCAGGCCAGAGGUGGAUGAACGCAAUGCCCUCGUUUGGGUGUAGGGACUGAUCAGAGUCUGAAGGUACGGAGGUGCCGUUCCCCUCACAGCUCCAUAGGCAAGCACCAUGGUCUUGUAACGGAUGCGAGCUUCAACUGGAAGCCAGUGGAGUGUGCGGAGGAGGGGGGUGACGUGAGAGAACUUGGGAAGGUUGAACACCAGACGGGCUGCGGCAUUCUGGAUGAGUUGUAGGGGUUUAAUGGCACAGGCAGGGAGCCCAGCCAACAGCGAGUUGCAGUAAUCCAGACGGGAGAUGACCAGUGCCUGGAUUAGGACCUGUGCCGCUUCCUGUGUAAGGCAGGGUCGUACUCUCCGAAUGUUGUAGAGCAUGAACCUGCAGGAUCGGGUCACCGCCUUGAUGUUAGCGGAGAACGACAGGGUGUUGUCCAGGGUCACGCCAAGGCUCUUCGCACUCUGGGAGGAGAACACAACGGAGUUGUCAACCGUGAUGGCGAGAUCAUGGAACGGGCAGUCCUUCCCCGGGAGGAAGAGCAGCUCCGUCUUGCCAGGGUUCAGCUUGAGGUGGUGAUCCGUCAUCCAUACUGAUAUGUCUGCCAGACAUGCAGAGAUGCGAUUCGCCACCUGGUUAUCAGAAGGGGGAAAGGAGAAGAUUAGUUGUGUAUCGUCAGCGUAGCAAUGAUAGGAGAGGCCAUGUGAGGAUAUGACAGAGCCAAGUGACUUGGUGUAUAGGGAGAAAAGGAGAGGGCCUAGAACUGAGCCCUGGGGGACACCAGUGGUGAGAGCACGUGGUGCGGAGACAGCUUCUCGCCACGCCACUUGGUAGGAGCGACCGGUCAGGUAGGACGCAAUCCAGGAGUGAGCAGCGCCAGAGAUGCCCAGCUCGGAGAGGGUGGAGAGGAGGAUCUGAUGGUUCACAGUAUCAAAGGCAGCAGACAGGUCUAGAAGGACAAGAGCAGAGGAGAGAGAGUUAGCUUUAGCAGUGCGGAGAGCCUCCGUGACACAGAGAAGAGCAGUCUCAGUUGAAUGACCAGUCCUGAAACCUGACUGGUUUGGAUCAAGAAGGUCAUUCUGAGAGAGAUAGCAAGAGAGUUGGCUAAAGACGGCACGCUCAAUAGUUUUGGAAAGAAAAGAAAGAAGGGAUACUGGUCUGUAGUUGUUGACAUCAGUGGGAUCGAGUGUUGGUUUUUUGAGAAGGGGUGCAACUCUCGCUCUCUUGAAGACGGAAGGGACAUAGCCAGCGGUCAAGGAUGAGUUGAUCAGCGAGGUGAGGUAGGGGAGAAGGUCACCGGAGAUGGUCUGGAGAAGAGAGGAGGGGAUGGGGUCAAGCGGGCAGGUUGUUGGGCGGCCUGCAGUCACAAGUCGCAAGAUUUUAUCUGGAGAGAGAGGGGAGAAAGAAGUCAAAGCAUAGGGUAGGGCAGUGUGAGCAGGACCAGCAGUGUCAUUAGACUUAACAAACGAGGAUCGGAUGUCGUCAACCUUCUUUUCAAAGUGGUUGACGAAGUCAUCCACAGAGAGGGAGGUGGGGGGGAGGAUUCAGCAGUGAGGAGAAUGUGGCAAAGAGCUUCCUAGGGUUAGAGGCAGAUGCUUGGAAUUUAGAGUGGUAGAAAGUGGCCUUAGCAGCAGAAACAGAUGAAGAAAAUGUAGAGAGGAGGGAGUGAAAAGAUGCCAGGUCAGCAGGGAGUUUAGUUUUCUUCCAUUUCCGCUCAGCUGCCCGGAGCUCUGUUCUGUGAGCUCGCAAUGAGUCAUCAAGCCACGGAGCUGGAGGGGAGGACCGAGCCGGCCGGGAGGAUAGGGGACACGGGAGUCAAAGGAUGCAGAAAGGGAGGAGAGGAGGGUUGAGGAGGCAGAAUCAGGAGAUUGGAGGGAGAAGGAUUGAGCAGAGGGAAGAGAUGAUAGGAUGGAAGAGGAGAGAGUAGUGGGAGAGAGAGAGCGAAGGUUGCGGCGGCGCGUUACCAUCUGUGUAGGGGCAGAGUGAGUAGUGUUGGAGGAGAGCGAGAGAGAAAAGGAUACAAAGUAGUGGUCGGAGACAUGGAGGGGAGUUGCAGUGAGAUUAGUAGAAGAGCAACAUCUAGUAAAGAUGAAGUCAAGCGUAUUGCCUGCCUUGUGAGUAGGGGGGGACGGUGAGAGGGUGAGGUCAAAAGAGGAGAGGAGUGGAAAGAAGGAGGAAGAGAGAAAUGAGUCAAAUGUAGACGUAGGGAGGUUGAAAUCCCCCAAAACUGUGAGGGGUGAGCCAUCCUCAGGAAAGGAACUUAUCAAGGCGUCAAGCUCAUUGAUGAACUCUCCAAGGGAACCUGGAGGGCGAUAGAUGACAAGGAUAUUAAGCUUAAAUGGGCUAGUGACUGUGACAGCGUGGAAUUCAAAUGAGGAGAUAGACAGAUGGGUUAGGGGAAAAAUUGAGAAUGACCACUUGGGAGAGAUGAGGAUUCCUGUGCCACCACCCCUCUGACCAGAUGCUCUCGGGGUAUGCGAGAACACAUGGUCAGACGAGGAGAGAGCAGUAGGAGUAGCAGUGUUUUCAGUGGUAAUCCAUGUUUCCGUCAGCGCCAGGAAGUCGAGGGACUGGAGGGUAGCAUAGGCUGGGAUGAAGUCAGCCUUGUUGGCAGCAGAACGGCAGUUCCAGAGGCUGCCUGAGACCUGGAACUCCAGGUGUGUGGUGCGUGCAGGGACCACCAGGUUAGAGAGGCAGCAGCCACGCGGUGUGAGGCGUUUGUGUAGCCUGUGCGGAGAGGAGAGAACAGGGAUAGGCAGAGGCAUAGUUGACAGGCUGUAGCAGAUGGCUACAACAAUGCAGAGGAGAUCGGAAUGAAAUGAACUAAACAUCUGGGAAAGGAGAGAGCAGGGCCUCCCUCACCAAAAAAAUAUAACUCUCCCAACUUCCACCUCAGAAACUAUAAUUGUUUCACUGAACCACCCGAAUAAAACUCUCCCAACUUCCACUUUAGAAAUUAGAAUUGUUUUAAACUACAGCGGUUCAAUGUUUCAAGGAAUAGACUCAACUUACUUUAUUCAGCUAACUAACUAUGACGCCAUAGCUAACUAGCAUGCUAGCAUCCAAUAACACACAGUUUAGCACCAAUACUUGGUUACAACAAAUUACCAAUAGUGUGUUAACACACUAAACAGAUAAUUUGUGUCCGUGUCUAGUUCUUUCAUAACGCAGCAAUAAUUAAACGUUGGCUAGCUAGCACAAAGAUAUUGUAUUUAGCUACUACAGUACAGCUAGCUGGUAGUGUUGGCUAGCUAGCAAUGGCUGCUGUGUUGACUUUGUUUGAAAAACGGCGUCGCUGCGAAUGAAUGUAGCUGGCUAAAAGGAUAUUGUAUUUACCGAGGUGAGUUAGCUAGCUAGCUUCGUGCUACACCCGGCACCGCCGAAUACAAAAGUAACCUACAAUAACUACAUACAACAACUACCCACAACAACCCACGAUGCCUAGCUACAAUACCCAACUACAAUCUAAAUACAUAGUUUAAGCCUUACUCGACAAAGCCCAAGCUAUGCAUAAAGCCAAACUUACCCGACGCCAGCUAUCUGGGUGGUUUUCUGCAAUCAGUAGCUGUAAUUAAGUACACUAGCUACUAACUACCUAACGUUAAUGCUUCAGAUAAUGAGGUUAGAAAAACAGCUGAAUGGUAGGUAGCUAGCUGGCUUAAUUACAGAUACUCUUAAGCGUGAAAUAACAUUGGAAACAACUAUCCACCGUUGCUAAAAGUUACCAGUGGCUACCCGCUAGCUAGCUAGCUCUAUCGGUUAAUGCUUCAGAUAAUGAGGUUAGAAAAACAGCUGAAUGGUAGGUAGCUAGCUGGCUUAAUUACAGGUACUCUUAAGCGUGAAAUAACAUUGGAAACAACUAUCCACCAUUGCUAAAAGUUACCAGUAGCUACCCGCCAGGUUAGCUAGCCUCGUGCUUCGCCGGGCUCACUCGAAUACAAUACUUACCUACAAUAAUUACCUAUAAUUACCUACAAUAACUACCUAAAUAAACUACCUACAGUAUCUAACUACAAUACCUACCUACCUACAAUCUAAAUACAUGGUUUAAGCUUUACUCAACACCAUAUAAGAAGCCAAGCUUACCUCCUGCUAGAGAAAACACAACCUCACCCGACGUGAAUACCGGCAGACUGCAUAGCAUAGAGGCUCUGAGUCUCCAUGAACACACGGCAGUGAAAAUGCCAUACCUGCGCUGACUUGAGGAGCUGUAGUCAACCAACGUGUAGCUAGCUUACCAUCACAACCUAGUGAGGCUAAGGGCUGUUCUUAGGACACAGCCCUUAGCUGUGGUAUAUUGGCCAUAUAUCACACCCCCCAGGUGCCUUAUUGCUAUUAUAAACUGGUUACCAACAUAAUUAGACCAGUGAAAAUAAAUGUUUAGUCAUAUCCAUGGUAUAUGGUCUGAUAUGCCACUGCUUUCAGCCAAUCAGCAUUCAGGUCUCGAACCACCCAGUUUAUAAUUGGUUUUAUACAUCGGCUAGGUCUAAUCCUGAAUGCUGAUUGGUUAAAACCGCAUUCCAGCUGGUGUCUAUUCCACAAGUUGCCACAGGCUAAAUCUAUGACAUUAAAAUGCCUAUUUACUCUGUUCCAUCUGACUGCGCAAUCCACUGUCUCAUCAGCCCAGCCAGGCAACGUAUAAACUUGAUCUCCACAAUAAAAAGCAUCUACAGUCGUGGUCAAAAGUUUUGAGAAUGACACAAAUAUACAUUUUCAAAGUCUGCUGCCUCAGUUUUUAUGAUGGAAAUUUGCAUAUACUCCAGAAUGUCAUGAAGAGUGAUCAGAUUAAUUGCAAAGUUCAUCUUUGCCAUGAAAAUGAACUUAAUCCCAAAAAAACAUUUCCACUGCAUUUCAGCCCUGCCACAAAAGGACCAGCUGACAUCAUGUCAGUGAUUCUCUCGUUAACACAGGUGAGAGUGUUGACGAGGACAAGGCUGGAGAUCACUCUGUCAUGCUGAUUGAGUUAGAAUAACAGACUGGAAGCUUUAAAAGGAGGGUGGUGCUUGAAAUAUUGUUCUUCCUCAGUUAACCAUGGUUACCUGCAAGGAAACACGUGCCGUCAUCAUUGCUUUGCACAAAAAGGGCUUCACAGGCAAGGAUAUUGCUGCAAGUAAGAUUGCACCUAAAUCAACCAUUUAUCGGAUCAUCAAGAAUUUCAAGGAGAGAGGUUCAAUUGUUGUGAAGAAGGCUUCAGGGCGCCCAAGAAAGUCCAGCAAGCGCCAGGACCGUCUCCUAAAGUUGAUUCAGCUGCGGGAUCGGGGCACCACCAGUGCAGAGCUUGCUCAGGAAUGGCAGCAGGCAGGUGUGAGUGCAUCUGCAUGCACAGUGAGGCAAAGACUUUUGGAGGAUGGCCUGGUGUCAAGAAGGGCAGCGAGGAAGCCACUUCUCUCCAGGAAAAACAUCAGGGACAGACUGAUAUUCUGCAAAAGGUACAGGGAUUGGACUGCUGAGGAAAAAAGCUUGUCCGGAGAAGACGAGGUGAGCGCUACCAUCAGUCCUGUGUCAUGCCAACAGUAAAGCAUCCUGAGACCAUUCGUGUGUGGGGUUGCUUCUCAGCCAAGGGGGUGGGCUCACUCACAAUUUUGCCUAAGAACACAGCCAUGAAUAAAGAACGGUACCAACACAUCCUCCGAGAGCAACUUCUCCCAACCAUCCAAGAACAGUUUGGCGAAAACAAUGCCUUUUCCAGCAUGAUGGAGCACCUUGCCAUAAGGCAAAAGUGAUAACUAAGUGGCUCGGGGAACAAAAUAUCGACAUUUUGGGUCCAUGGCCAGGAAACUCCCCAGACCUUAAUCCCAUUGAGAACUUGUAGUCAAUCCUCAAGAGGCGGGUGGACAAACACAAACUCCAAGCAUUGAUUAUGCAAGAAUGGGCUGCCAUCAGUCAGGAUGUGGCCCAGAAGUUAAUUGACAGCAUGCCAGGGCGGAUUGCAGAGGUCUUGAAAAAGAAGGGUGAACACUGCAAAUAUUGACUCCUUGCAAUUGUUUGAAUAAACCUCUUAUUGCUGAUAAAUAAGUUCUGCCUGAUUCCUCUAACGAGUUUUCCUCAACAAUGCUAAGUAAGUUAAUUAGCUAAAAUGCCAAAGUUGUUUGUGUAAGGUGAGUCAAAAGGAACAAUCUCAGGCCUCAUUUUUCAAGUGAAGGUCUUUUAAGGGAGUAUGCGAGCACACUCAUUCGGUUCGCCUAGCCGAGUUCGGCUAGGCACCAGCCAAACUGAAGCAUGCUUACGCCUUAACCCCUAGCCUAGUUAACGUUAGCCACCUAGCUAAUGUUAGCCACAACAACAAAUUGGAAUAUGUAACAUGUCAUGUUUUGCAAAUUGCAAUUCGUAACAUCUCAUACGAAAUGGAUGAUGGACAUCCACAAAUUAAUACAUAUUAUACGAAAUGUAACGUCAUACUAAUUAGUUUUCUCAGAUUUACAUUUACUAUUUUACGUCUACCCCUGAGUCCAGGUUGGGGAAAACUGUGUAUAGUAACUGUAUAUUUUGCAUGUGAAAUUAUUUUAAUGUGAUAUGAAAUUAGAGGGAUUUAUGUUUUUAGAACCGGUACCACAAUUGAGAACGAUUCACGUUUAGAUGGAGUAUUUGGCUGUUUUGGCUUUCAGAGCCAGUUCACAUUUUAAACAGAACAUGUAAGGUCCUUGGAGUAUAAGGAGUAACUUUAGGCUCCUUUCGUCCAAUAGUGGGCUAACAAUAUCCAUGUAGCUAGUAUACUGAAGAGAGUGCAUAAUCCAUGAGAAUAAAAUCUAUUUUGUGGAAUUGUCCAUUUUGUAUAUAUUGUUUAGGCUAGCAUUUCAUUACUCAUUCUGAACAUACUGUAUGAAUAGCUUAUAUAGACAGCCUACUGGAAUGUUAACAAAGCCUUUUUUGGCCAAAAGGAACAUAAGCGCAGUCAUUUCCGGCUGCUCCCAGAGAUAUGUGACGAGAUUUAGAUUUAGGCUAGGCCUAAUCAAAACCCCUAUACAUAUCUACCUCUAUCACUCCCGUAUCCCUGCACAUUGUAAAUAUGGUACUGGAACUGACUGACCCUGUAUAUAGUAUGCUUGCUUACUUUCUUGUGUUCUUAUUUUUAUUUCUUGUGUGUUUUUGUUCUACCUUAUGUUAUUUUUAGUAUUACACUGUUAUUGAUAACUGCAUUGUUGGGUUUAGAGCUUGCAAGAAAGGCAUUUCACUGUGCUUGUGCACGUGACAUUUAAAAACUUGAAACUUGAAUAAUACAACUAUUAACAGUACCAACUGGCCCCAAACAAAUUCACCAGGGCCUCAUUACCCAGUUACGUUUUACCUUAAGCAUUACGGUGAUCUUACCAGAUAGGCCUAAUCAAUGCAUCGUUAUUUACGAGCCAACUUUACUAGCCAAGUGUUUCCCAAACAAGCACAUAGAGAGAUCGUUCGCUAAUUUCGUCGUUAGACCAUGUGUCGAUACUGAUGGGAUCAAAAGUAAAGCAACACUGCUCUCGGAUCAGGUUUCUCCAUUCAAAUCUUACCUUAGAAUUAUUCCACAAUACUGACGACAGAUCAGCUCAUAGAGAGAUAUUACCACCUAUGGCUGCAAAUAUUGAGGCGGCUUAUUCUAAAUGCUUACCCUAUAAUAAUGCACUAAAUCAAGAUUUGGCACAUCAUUGCGCACGUUGCACAUCAUGAAAUAUAUUGAGGAAAAAUUAGACAGCCUAGAAUUCAAUUGAAUGAACAUAACAUUUAGUUCAAUGUGAUUGAAAGAACAGGCCUAUAAUGUUCUUUUUCUUUUGCAGCCAUCUCGGUUCUCAUUUGAAGCAUCGUCUUAUCCUUCGCUUAUUUGUAACAAUUGCAAAGACAUUGGCAACUUUGUAUUUGUAGUCAACUUCAUUCUGAAGUUAUCGGUGGUUACAGAGACAGAUAAGCCUGAUUCUGUGUUUUAGAAUGUAUAAAGUGACAGAAGGGCAAAAAAACAAACAUCUAACGACGCAGUUGGCUGUUCUAUGAGUGGUCUGACUGAGGCAGUCGGUAAAUAAGGGUUUUCAAAUGCAACUUUAGUAACUAUGGUUUUGGGAAACAGCUCGGCUACUCAAGAUGCAUCGUAAGAUGGUUCUAACAAUGAUCUUAAUGCUACGAAUGCUCUGGGAAACGAGGCCCUGAUAUUUAGGAUAUUCAGACAGACCUCAUGAUGAUAAUCUCGUCAAAAACUUUGUUCCCAGCAUUGUUCAAUAGUGUAGAGAAUGACUCAGCAUCAUGGCUAUUACGUCUGGGGGGAGGGAGGUUGCAACAGGAAUUACUGUUGUGGACAGUGGAGCCCAGUCCUAAUCUUUUUAUUUUAAUUUGCCUUACGUAAUGUCAACUCCUCGUUGCGUAACAGCAAUGCAAGAGGCCUCUCAGCCUUGAGCCUGCUUUUUUGGGAGACAGUCGGAAUGUGAUUUAGGAUGCUGUUAUGUGAAUGUUUGUAACUGAAGCAAGGAACAUUCCCAAGAGGGGGUCAUCAUAAGCUUGAAUUAAGUGGAAUUUACAAUAUGAUGUUGACUAACCAUGACAUUUCUUUCCUUUUUCCAAUUUUUAGGUAGUGGACCACUAUGAGAAUCCAAGGAAUGUUGGAUCCCUGGACAAGACCUCCAAGAAUGUGGGUACAGGCUUGGUGGGUGCCCCAGCUUGUGGAGAUGUGAUGAAACUGCAGGUGCGUUGGUCCCCUGUCCUCAUUACUCCCUCUGUUUCACCAAGUCCACCUCACAGGAACCUCCGAUGGCCUGGGAUUCUGAAUGAAGUCACAAUUUGCUGUGUUCCAAAGAAGUCUCAACACAGAUGGGAUUUACAGAGAAGCGGCAUGCUCUAUUUAGUUACCAAGCAUAUGUGUUUUAGUAAUGUAACAACAUUGUUUAUGAAUUCAUUUAUGUGGACAAAAGUCACAGUUGAAUAAAGUGACUCCUUUCCUCUCUGCAGAUUGAGGUAGACGAUCAGGGGAAGAUUGUGGACGCCAGGUUCAAGACGUUUGGCUGUGGCUCAGCCAUCGCCUCCAGCUCCCUGGUAACGGAGUGGGUGAAGGGCAAAUCUGUGAGUGAACAUUCUGCACCCAUGACACUUAAUCUGCUUCCUGUUUCACUGUUCUGUCUGAAUGUUGCUCUAGUUGCGUGUCUCUAUUCAAGUCUUUUCCGCCACCCUGUUUAUUUGUUCCUUUUGUUACAUAUCAUGGUUGGAUGGAGUGUAUUUCUUGGUUGAUGGAAUGUUGCUGCCUUGGCUUUCAGAUUGACGAAGCACUGACAAUAAAGAACACGGACAUUGCCAAAGAGCUCAGUCUUCCACCGGUCAAACUUCACUGCUCCAGUAAGCCCUUAUUUCAGUUUAAUAUCUAAGGCUGUUCUUUCCCAACUGUCUAACAAGUUGGAAAAUUCUAAACCAUUUAUUUUUGACCUAUUAUUAAACUCAUUUGAAAUUCCUGACUGUGCCCUUUUCUCCAGUGCUGGCUGAGGAUGCCAUCAAAGCUGCCCUCCAUGACUACCGUCUCAAACAACAGGAUGGCAAGAUUGAGGCUGUCAAAGCCAGCAACUAA